UACCCAUGCGAGCCGAAUCCGGUAUCGGCCAUUUUCUUUCUCUACGUUGUCCUGUAACGAUUGCGUGCUCGUUUUAGGGUCUCGAUUGAGAGUGUCGAAUUGUCCUAUUUAGAACGCUUGCCAUCUCGCGAACUUGUCUGUGGUGUGCUAAUGCGUGGCGUUUCAGAGAGCUCUCCAACUUGCGCAAUGGCGGAGGAUUUGGAUGUCGAGGCGAUGCUGGAGGCGCCAUAUAAGAAGGGGGAGCAGGACUCCUCGUCCAAAGACAAGUCCUCCAAGGAGAAUGGGUCUAGCCGCAAAUCCUCAGGGAAAAGCAAGCAUCGCUCUCGUUCCCGUUCACGAUCACGCGAUCGCCGAGACAAAGACCGGCGGGAUCGUGACAGAGAUAGAGACAGAGACCGCGACCGCGACAGGGAACGCGACCGCGACCGCGAUCGUCGACGUAGAUCACGCUCACGAGACAGGCGAGACCGGGACCGUGAUCGAGACAAUGAUCGGGAUAGGGAUAGGCGAGACAGAGACCGGGACAGAGACAGAAGAAGGAAGAGAUCGCUCACACCGCUGACUCUUCCCAGAGCCCGACCACCAUUCGGCAAAGGUCACAGCCCACUUGGAAUAAACGAUGAGCUGACACCGGAGGAACGAGACGCCCGAACCGUAUUUUGCAUGCAACUAAGCCAGCGAAUUCGUGCACGCGAUUUGGAGGAAUUCUUCUCUAGCGUCGGCAAAGUACAAGAUGUCAGACUUAUCACCUGCAACAAGACACGGCGAUUUAAAGGAAUCGCUUACGUCGAGUUCAAAGAUCCGGAGAGCGUGACACUAGCGCUCGGCUUGUCUGGUCAGAAGCUCCUCGGAGUGCCCAUUGUGGUGCAACAUACGCAAGCUGAAAAGAAUCGUAUGGGCAACUCAAUGCCGAAUCUUAUGCCGAAGGGACAAACCGGACCUAUGAGAUUGUAUGUAGGGUCUCUACACUUCAACAUCACGGAGGAUAUGCUACGUGGAAUCUUCGAACCUUUCGGGAAAAUCGACAAUAUUCAGCUGAUUAUGGAUCCAGAAACUGGGCGAAGCAAAGGCUACGGUUUCCUAACGUUCAGAAAUGCGGACGAUGCGAAGAAAGCUUUGGAACAAUUAAACGGAUUCGAGCUCGCUGGCAGACCGAUGAAAGUUGGAAAUGUGACAGAACGUACUGAUCUGAUCCAAGGACCAUCUCUUCUCGAUACGGACGAGCUUGAUCGAAGUGGAAUUGACCUUGGAGCAACCGGCAGAUUGCAAUUGAUGUUCAAAUUGGCGGAAGGUACCGGCCUGGAGAUACCACCCGCAGCAGCGAACGCUUUAAAUAUGGCACCAGUGAUGACAGCACCGCAACCACCACCUCAAGCUGCGCCUCCUAUCGCGACACAAUGUUUCAUGUUGUCAAAUAUGUUCGAUCCGCAGAAUGAGACGAAUCCCAACUGGGCAAAGGAGAUUCGCGACGACGUGAUUGAGGAGUGCAACAAGCAUGGUGGCGUACUGCACGUAUACGUGGAUCAGGCGUCGCCGCAGGGCAAUGUAUAUGUGAAAUGUCCGUCGAUCGCAACAGCUGUGGCAGCGGUGAACUCGUUGCACGGUCGGUGGUUCGCAGGUCGAGUAAUAACCGCUGCUUACGUGCCAGUGGUGAAUUAUCACUCACUGUUCCCGGAUGCGAUGACCGCGCUGCAACUAUUGGUGCCGAGCGCGCCGCGAAGAGGCAUGUGAUGAUCCUGAGCGAACGAAACACAGUCGUAAAUCACUGGCGUGUAAAUCCUAUGCAUAGUAUUGAGUUUCUGCAUCUUACUGUUUCUCUUGUUACUAUCUGAUGGAUAUAUAUAUAUAUUUUUUUUUAUUGCUAAGGCGCGGGAGAAAGAGAAAGGAGGGGGAGUCUGAGCGAUGGAUUUCGCACGUCGAGGGUAGAUAUUUGCAUUACUUGUUGCAAUAAUUUCACGUAUGUGACAUUGUACAUUGCGUUUGAUCUUUGCGUUUCUCACGGCACAACCAUCAUCGUGCAAUCAUGAACUUCCGUUUGGUGUACGAGAUUCGUUCAUAGCAGUCAAAGACGUGCAGUUUUCUUCAACGCUUUGAAUUUGACUGCUUAUAUAUACACGCAACCGUUAGAAAUCCUACAUUAUUUCGAUACGAAAGUUAUUUUGCGAUUUUUGGUUUAAAUUUCUUUGGGUAUCUGAUUUUUAACAGAUAUAUCGUACCGAAUUUCUCCUUAAGUUAAGGUAACUUGUAUAUUAUAUAAUGAAACGUAAGAAAUUGUGGAAAUUGCAGAAAUUGCGAGGAAAAUUUUAUAUCAAUGAAAUCGUAUUACUGAUGAUUUUUCUAUAUCGGAAAAUUUAAAACAAGAAGUGAUAAUUUAAAAUUCUAUGAACAUACAAAAGCCAAAUUAUUAGAUUUUCACAGUGAGACGUGAUAACAUAGUAUUUCUGAUGGACCCAAAGUCUUCAUUAUUGUAAUAAAAUAUAUGCACGCACUUCUGUUUCAUUAUGAGGUGAUAAUCGUGUGUUUGUGUUUCUUGUGAAAUUAAGAAGACAGUUAUUUAUUGACGCGACGUAAUGUUUCGUCUCGUAUAUGUCGACGUAUUGUAUUUUUGCGAUCGAUACGGACUACGUUAUAAAUAGCGAAGUAUUCAAUCGAUCGUUUGUUACGGUAGUAAAACACAUAGAAUGAAUGGUGAAACAAAGUGGAAACCUUAAUCCUCUCGUUCCUGAUUUACAUAUUAAAUUAUUAGAUAAACAUAGAAAAGGAAGAUAAGUACGUAAAUCUAAUUUAAUUUUAAAUCGCUCGUGAGUUUCAUAAUUACCAAGCUAUACUUUUGUAUGACUGUAUCAUAAUUUAAUAAAAGCCAGCAAGUUUCGAAUGAAUGUGUACGUGUGUAUAUGUGUGUGUGUGUGUGUGUGUGUGUGUGUGUGUGUGUGUGUGUGUGUGUGUAUGCUUGAGAAAAAGAAGUUCCCUUUGACUUUGAUGUAUUAUAUAAGAGAGAAAUGUGUUCUGUUUAAGAUUGAGAAUAGUUGGCGAUGGAGCCGUGCUGCCACACAGCCACACUGAACAUUGAACGAAGUUCAAUUUGUUUGGAAAUUAUUUGUUGAUGUGUUAUCAUAUGUUUCUAUUGGGAAGAAAGGAUUAAGGAUAUGCUCGUAACGACUGCUGUAAUAGGACUUAAUAACGAGAAUUGCUUUAGGACACACAUUAGAUUUGUUACAUUUAUACGGAGAAAGGAAGAUCGAAAGGAGAUGAUGUGAUAGAAAGGAGGUCUGCAAGUAUUAAAAAAAUUUCUCAAUUAUUGCACAAAUGCACAAGACGAUUGCAUAUAUCGGAAUAAUAAAUUAACGCGAUAUCGCAUUAGGAUAAGAUACGAUUACAAAUUCAACAAUGCUACUAAUCAAAAUGUUGAAGUAGAUCUCACUAUGAAAUCUUAGUCUUUGAUUCGUAAAAUUAAUUUUAAUAUUUCUAGCAUCAAAUCGUUCACCGGUAGUUACGCCGGAAAUAAUGGACCAAGUGGAUUGAUCCCAUUUUUAGAGCUGCAAAUGAAUUUAUUUCGUUGAGAAAUACUCCAAAAAGUGAAUCCAUCAUAAUUCUAGAUUCAGAAUGACCGUUUGAACGAUAAAGCAGCUGUAAAUCAUUUGUAUAAGCAAAAAAAUCUUGUACUCUCGUAUUCGUCACUAAUGAUAUAUUCUUUACAUUGCAGAUCGAUAAAUAGUUGCGUUAUAAACUUUAAACUACAUCGAGAGACUCGAAUUCUCUUAAAUUAAUAAUAUGAUAAUUCAUCCGAUAUGUAACAUAGAGUUGUGAAUGUAGAAUCUUGACGCGGUUGCUUUCGCAAACGACUCAAUUGAAUAUAUUUUUCAUCUCUCUCUUUGAAAGUUCGCUCGCAGAUGUAAUUGUGGAAAAUUUCCUCUUACGUGUACGCUGUAGACCGCAAAGAAUUGAGCAA